AUGUCUGCUAUGCUUAGAGCUGGUCAGUACGGCAACCGCGGCGCCAACCUGCGUCGUGUGCGUUCGUUCAGCCUGAGCGGCAACUCUUCGAGCGCCGGCUCCGAGUCUGAUGACGCCGGAGCCCGUCUGUCCGUCGCUAGCAUGGAUGACUGUUCGCCCCAUGUUCGAUUUGCGUCGGUAAACGACGACAUUGCCCCCACCAGCCUCGCUUCGAGCGUUGACUUCACUGAUUCCAACAGCGACGGAUCUGGUUCCAAGUUUGAGAUGGGCAGCAAGCCUAGCGGCGACGUGUUUGACGGCUCGCCCCUUAAGUCGGCUCUCAAGACCCCUCGCGAGAUCACUGACCAGAUCGCGCCGGCUUUCAACUACUACGACGACAAGAACGGUCAGGCCAUGGCCCUGAAGGCCAAUGACAACCGCCGUGUGAUGCGUUCCGCCACCACGCCGGGCGGCAUGACGGCCACGGGUAAUGACCGCACCCUUCACCAUAGUUCGUCUCGCCAUGAGAUCGGCGGCGUGGAUGCCCAGGGCAUCUACCCGCCCAGUGCUUGCGUGUUUGUCGCCAAUCUUCCCGAGUCCCAGGAGGAUCGUGCCAUCGAGGCUGCUAUCACUAGAGAGUUUAGCCGUUUUGGCACCGUCUUCGUCAAGAUCCGCCGCGAGGCCCGAGGUAAUAUCCUCGGCAUGCCUUAUGCAUUCGUCCAGUACACCAACGACGAAGAUGCGAAGGCCGCCAUGGAAGAGGGCCGUGGUAUCUUGAUUUUGGGUCGUCCUUGCCGCACCGAGAUGGUGAGGGCCAACCGUGCGUUCGUGAUGUAUAGCCGCCGCGGUGACCAGAUCAACCCCACCAUCGCCAGGGAGAUCCUGGAGCCGUAUGGCCAGCUUAGCAAGUGCGAGAUGCUGAGCGUCCAGAUGCAGGAGGCCAUGAGCCUCCCAACCGCCGUUUUUGUGGAGUUCGCUCGCUUCGAGCCCAAGCGCGAUCUCAACUAUGCUCUGCGCCGCCACGGAGAUUAUCGCAUCGACGCCUUUGACACUAAGAAGAACACCUCACGCGGCGACCCGCAUGAGGAGUUUUUAGACAAGUAUGACCUUGAUCGUCGUUCCGUCUUCGUCGGCAACCUCCCCCUCAACGUGACCGAGGCGGAAAUCCGCGAGUUCUUCGGUCAUGCCGGCGAGAUCGUGGGUGUUAACAUCAUUGCGCGCCCUAACUACAGUGGCCAAGUUACCAGGGCUUUUGCGUUCGUUCAGUUCGCGCGCGCCGAUGUCCCCGAUCAUGUGGUCAAGAACUUCAAUGAGACUUUUUUCCGCAACAACAUCGUCCGUGUUGAGCGCAAGGUGUUCAAGCACGUCGGUACUCCUCGCCGCGUCAAGUCUCAGGCCUUCUCGAUCAAGACCUCGACAACCCCCCAGACUCCUAGGACCGAUAUGUUCGGCAAGUCUCCAAUGGGUUCCGCUCGGUUUUCUGGCCAUAGGGAGGAGUUCCCGACUUCCGCCACUCGCCACGGGUACAACAAUUACGACAUGGGCCACUCCUUUGGUCCCGCUGGCUACCCGGCUCCGAGCCCAGUUGGCCCGGCCAACGGCCAGCCUUUCGUGGGAGCGAGCGGAAUUCCGGUGACGCCGUCGACUGCUCAAUUCAUGCCGAACCCCUUCGGCUUCGCGGGUGGCUACUGGCCUGGUAUGUCAUCGAUGGGCCAAGACCCCAUGACUGGCCAGACCCUCUGGUCGUACACUCCGCCGGUCAACGCCAUGGGCCAGCCCAUGGAGACUCCCACUCGCGGUCGUCCCAACGAUCACGGCUACUUCCAGGGCGCUUAA